UGAAGGAUAUAACGUGGCGAAACCACAACAAACUGAAAAGACUAAGAAAAUACUGAAUGCAUGUAAUGUAAUAACUUUAUGCGUGGUAGGGCAGUUAAGUAUGGUUUGUAAAGAAAUUUACGGCUCAUCUACGGUCUGCAAAAAAUAUGUCAAGACACAAAAAGAUGGAUUGCUGGCAGUCGAUCUCUCACCAAAAUGGACCUCCCUUACACAGUUUUUCAUGGUUGUGUUUCUGCCCCAGGGUUACCCAGAGAGUGUUAGUUCUGAUUACCUCCAGUAUCAAGUAUGGGACACCAUUCAGGCCUUUGCCAGCAGUAUAACAGGUGCUCUAGCUGCCCAGGCCAUGCUGAAAGGGGUGGGUGUCGGGGACGAGAGUGCUACAGUCAUGGCAGCAACAAUUACCUGGAUACUCAAAGAUGGGACUGGUAUGCUUGGAAGAAUAAUGUUUGCUUGGAUACAAGGGACCAGUUUGGAUUGUGAUGCGAAAAGAUGGAGAUUAUUUGCAGAUAUACUGAAUGAUUUAGCCAUUUUCAUGGAAAUCAUGGCUCCAAAUUUCAAAACCUACUUCACACCAAUAGUUUGUACAGCUGGGGUUUGCAAGUCAAUUGUGGGAGUGGCAGGAGGAGCCACCAGGGCGGCGCUCACUCAGCACCAGGCUCGCAGAAACAAUAUGGCUGACGUGUCGGCCAAAGAUGGAAGUCAGGAAACUCUUGUAAAUCUGGCUGCACUCAAAUACCUACUUCACCAAUAGUUUGUCCCCCUGGUGUCUGGAAAUAUUCAAAAAGAAGUGACCAUAUGGACCUUGUUUGUGCUUUUUACAAUGCUACAUUUAUUUGCCAACUACUCGGCUGUUACCAGUGUUAUAAUGGAAUCUCUCAAUCUGGCCAGACUUCACAUCCUAGUCAAAGACUACCUACACAAUGGCAGAAUUCUCUCCCCUGUGGAAGCAAAUUACAGAGAACCUGUCCUUUGGAGGACAAGAAGAAAGCUGUCCGUUCAUCUGGGAACCUCCAUAGGCAAAGUCUACAACACAGCUAGCAAAUUAGAGGAGGCCAUUGCAAUAUAUAAAGGCAGCAAUUACCUACUAGAUGUAAAUUUCAAGUCAGGUUGUAUAUCGAUAGUUCUGUCCUCUGACAGCACACCUGAGGAUCAGCUACAGAGCUGUGUACAGGCAGAGGUUAUCACUUACGUGUAUGAAAACCUGUAUAAAAAUACGGUGUUUUCAGAUGAGCUCGGUGAGAUUGCAGCAGCUCUAAGAGAGGGUGAUUCAGCUAAGACCAGUGAGGCCUCCCUCUGUUACACCAAGUCUCUAAUACAGGGAUUCCGCGGUGCCCUCACUGAUCAGGGCUGGGUUUGUGACCCCUUGUUAUUGGGACCGGAUGAGUGGCGUGCUGAGUGGGACAACGUAGGACUACUGGAUAAAAAGGAUGUCUGAAUUCUGUAUUAAAUCAUUUCAAUGUUUACCCU